GCACUCUCCCUCCCUCCCUGUCUUCUCGAUUUGCCUUGCUCACCUCCCCCUUUCAUCCGCGCGCCGUUAAUUUUGCUCUCCUCCGCUCUUCUUCCGCACUUCAUUCACCGGCUCCAGGGCUCAGCGCUCGCCCCCCGUCUGCUCCUCAACGCUCCGCUGCUCCUCAGCCCUUUUCCAGCGGAGGAGAGGGAGCGCUGCGUAUACAUCCAUCCUGGCUGUGUAUAAACACGCUGGCUGAAGCCUGCCACAGGAGAGAGGCAGAGAUGUAGAGAGCAGGAAAAGGGGAAGGAAACGGCGUGAGAGAGAGUGAUAGGGAAGAAAUCAGGUUUUUUUCCCCUCUUAAGUUGUGUUUGGUGGGAGACUAAAGGAAGGGAUUUGCAGAACAGAGACUGGGGAGAUUGCCGUGUCUCGUGCCUCGAUUGCCGUCUUUGGGUGCGCGUCCGGUCCCAGGCUGGUGGCGCUCGUCCGUGACCGAGAGCGCUGAUCUGGAGCCAGCGACGCACAGUGCAGGGUCCAGCCGCGCUCUGAGGACGCGAGGAGCCCAGGAGAGGCGCGACGGCUCCCUUCUGAAUCCGUCCCUCUGCGUGUUCACCAUCUGGGACCCUUGGAUAUCCUUCCCCCUGCGCCGAUCCACAGCUGAGGCAAACCCGGGUCCCACCGUCGUCCGGCUCGCUCCCGCUCUGUGCUCGGAGACGCUGCAGGGGCAUGGCUCUGAACGACACCCCUUGAUCUCGCCGACGCCGCUGUGUGUAAGAGCUUCUUAUGCUUUUUUCCUCUCCCCUCCGAACAGCCAUGGUUUUUCCCAGCCGUUGCAUAUUUUCCUUGCCUUUAUUUGGCUAAUUGUUGCUGCUGACUUGCCUAAGAGAGAAAUACCUUAACGUCGCAGACCCCACGUUUUUUCCCAAAUUUUUUUUGUUUUGAUUUUAAUACUGUGGAUUACAGUGCGACGGCAAGCCAGGAUUUGCACGCUCCAAGAGGAGAGAUGGAGGCUGAGCUGUGUGUGAAAUAGAGGAAGUGUGAAGCAAAAAUAACAUUGAUGGAGAGGAAGAAAAUAGCCUACAAGGACGACAGCAAGACGGAGGUGCUCAAAAUAAACCACGCAGUCUGCCCUGACCACGGUCUGCCCCAGGAGAAGGGCGGUGAUUAGGUAGGGCGAUCAAUAGAUGAAUAUACAAAGAGCGACAAACGGGGAUUGUUGAAUUCUGUGAUGGGUGCAUGGAGAAUGUAGCCUUUCUCUGGCUUCCCAGACUGACAGAGGAGAGGGGAGAGUCGAGGGGUGAGGGAAUGAGAUCUAGCCCACGCCUUGAGCGAAGACAGAGAUCAGAACGACGCUGAGGGGGUAACUGCGCGAAGGAAACCAAAGGCAGCUCCAUUUAAAUGAAUUUCAAAGACACAAAAAAGGGAAGUGUGAAAUUAUUGUGCUUUUCAAUUCAGUUUCUUCACAGCUUUUGUCUGUAUUUCUUUUGAGGGGGGGUGGGGGUUACAAAUGCAGUGGGGGUCUGUUUCUCUCACACACCCAUUUUGAUUGUGACCUUUGGCCCCGAGGAACAGAGGAGGGUGUGAUCCAAAGGGAGCCCUGUUUGCCAACCGCUGGCCUGAUUAGAGCGGUCCUGUUGCUGUGAAUGUCUGCCAGGUCCGUGGCACGGCUCGUUGUUCCGUGACGGGCGGUCAGAUGACCACACGCUGCACUCCGUGCCGACAGGCCGUGACCCGUCUAUGGUGUGUCCGCUGAAGCCUGACCACAUGAGCCGAGCCAGCACGCUGCAGCGCCGCACCACCUACCUCAUCUCCCUCACCCUGGUGAAGGUCGAGGCCGUGGGAGAGGAUGGGGCCCAGCUGGCCAGGGCCACCGUCCCAGGGGGAGGGGCUGUGGGCGGGGCCCCAGGGGAGGAGGUGUGGCCUCUUUCCACACGGCGGGAUGAAGAGAAGGACACGGACAUGGAGGAGGAUGAGGAGGAUGAGAGCCUCAGCGAGUCUGGGAGGGAGAGGGCGCAGCCCAAGAGAGGAGAGAGACUGCUAUCCAGUUCCCCAAAAGAAAGGACACCCACUGAAGUUUUCGUGCGCCCCGGUGCCCGGAUGGAGCCGGCAGGCAGGGAGAGCGCGCCCCCCUCAGCCCCUAUUAAGGAUGUGAGAGCGAGGGGGAGAGAGGGUGUGGCCGAUGUAGACGUAGAGAGGGAGGAAGCUUUGGAAACCUGCAGAGGGACCCCAAAGUUGCGCAGGGUCGUGGAUGGGGCCGACCCCACCCGCACCCCAACGAAGAGUAACAUCCCCGUGAGGAUUGGACAGCGGCCAGGGGCCUUGCUGAAGGCACACAGUGACGCCGUCAGUCGCCGUGAGCUGAAGGAGGCCAAGGAGGCAAUCCCCACUGCUGCAAAGAGCCUGGACCGCAAGGACAGCAGGGCAGGGGCGGGGUCACCGGUGAGCCCAGUCGCUGGCCACAGCCGGGCGUCCUGGACAGAGGAAGAAAGGAAGGCCAGGCCUCACCUUAUAGAGGGUGGAGCAAAAGACGAAGAUGUGGUCAGAGCCAUAGGAGGUGGGGCAGUAGGAGGAGCCACUGCAGGUGGAGCUGUGGGAGGAGGGGCUGUUGAAAGGGAAGCGUUGGGAGGCAGGGCAGCCGGAGGAGACCCAUUGGGAGGUGGGGCAAUGGUAGGGGCAGUGGGACGGGGAGUGGCAGGUGUGAGAGACAGUCCCAGGUCAGAGAGACUGAAGGCUGGGUCUGCUUCUCUCCCUGCGCCUCUCACCCUGGUCCCCAAACCCCCACGGAAGGGCAAGAGUCGCACCCUGGACAACAGUGACCUACACUCCUUAUCUGAGGACCUUCGCAGGGGUGCGGAGGGCCUGGCCUCCUCUGGCCCCGCCCCCGCCACGCUGCAUGGCCAGGCCCAGCGGGCUGCGGCUCGCGAUCGCAAAAUGCUGAAGUUCAUCAGUGGGAUUUUUGCCAAGAGCACCCCCGGCCCAGCCAGUGCUGCCACUGCGCCCCCCCUGCAUGGCUCUAUGCAGAGGGAGUCCAGCGAGGAGGACGCGGCCUGCGCCCUCAGUCAGGAAUGGACCUUAACUCGUGCAGUCCCAGAGCUGCGUCUGGGGGUUCUGGGUAGUCUGCGCAGUGGAAAAUCAGCCCUGGUGCACAAGUACAUCACUGGGAGCUACCUUCCCCUGGAGUCCCAGGAAGGGGGUAGAUAUAAGAAAGAGGUGCUGAUAGAGGGACAGAGCCAUCUGUUGCUAAUCAGGGAGGAGUCUGUGCUGCCAGAUCCCCAAUUCUGCAGCUGGGUGGAUGCAGUGAUCCUUGUGUUCAGUUUGGAGAAUGAGGCCAGUUUUCAGGAGGUGUAUAAUAACUACAGCCAGCUGUGUGCACACCGCAACAUUGCUGAGAUCCCCGUGAUCGUGGUGGGGACACAGGACAAGAUCACCAGCACAAACCCGCGGGUGAUCGAGGACGCUCGGGCUCGGCAGCUGUGCUCCGACGUGCGCCGCUGCUCCUACUAUGAGACCUGCGCCACCUACGGGCUCAACGUGGAUCGCGUCUUCACCGAGGCUGCUCAGAGGAUUGCAACAAUUAAGAAGCAGGCUGCCCUGCUGGCCCCCUGUAAAUCUCUGCCCAGCUCCCCCAGCCACUCAGGGGCCUCCACACCAGUGUCAGGAGCCUUCCCCGGACAGGCUAGUAAUGGCGGUCAGAGUAGUGAUUACUCCUCCUCCCUUCCCUCCACUCCUGUGGUCAGCCACAAGGAAAUGGGGAGGGGAGGGUCUGGGGGAGAUGGAGGGGGCAGCGCCACCCCAGGACCCCAGCGCAAUGUGCCCCGCCGACGGACCUCCCUCUUCGCGAACCGGCGAGGCAGUGACUCUGAGAAGCGAGCAACUGACAGUAAGGGAGACGCUGGCACCGCGAGGGCAACUGCCAUUAAGCAGAGCAUACUGUGGAAGCGGAGCGGGAGCUCGCUGAAUAAGGAGUGGAAGAAGAAGUAUGUCACGCUGUCCAACAAUGGCAUGCUGUCCUACCACUCAAGUGUCAAUGACUACCUGCAGAACGUCCAUGGGAAGGAGAUGGACUUGCUGCGGGUGACAGUGAAGGUGCCAGGUAAACGUCCGCCCCGCGCUGUCCCCCCCUGCAGCCCUUCGCCCGGCCUCAACGGAUUGGUGAAGGAUGUGCCAGGGGCCGAGGGAGCCGGCACAGCCCCUUCAUUCCCUGCCAGCCUCCUGACUGUGGAUGAGGGGGGUGGGGGUGGCCUGUCCCCCCAGGGGGACAGAGGGGUCAAGCGCUGUCCCUCUUCACUCUCCAGUAAAGCACAGAGCGUGGACUCUGCCAUUGAGGCAGUGGCCAGCCCGCCCACUGCAAAAGACAACGCCCCCUCCUCUCCGGCAACUGACAGGAAGAAGCACCGAAGGAAGAAGAGCAUGAAUCAGAAAGGCGACCUGGCGAUUGGGCAAGCCGAAGCCAAGCGCAAAAUGUGGAAAUUAAAAAACUUUGGUAGUUUGAGAAACAUUUACAAGACAGAGGAGGAGAAUUCGGAUUUCAUAAUCGUGUCCAGCACGGGACAGAGGUGGCACUUCGAGGCACAGAGCAUGGAGGAGCGAGACACCUGGGUCCAGGCCAUCGAGAGUCAGAUCCUGGCCAGCCUGCAGUCCUGCGAGAGCAGCAGAAACAAGGCGCGGAGGACCAGCCAGAGUGAAGCAGUGGCCCUCCAGGCAAUUCGUAACGCCAGGGGCAACGGGCUCUGUGUGGACUGUGGAGCACCAAACCCAACGUGGGCCAGCCUCAAUCUGGGCGCGCUGAUCUGCAUUGAGUGCUCGGGGAUCCACCGCAACCUGGGGACGCACCUGUCGCGUGUGCGCUCGCUCGACCUGGACGACUGGCCGCGGGAGCUGACGCUGGUGCUCACUGCCAUCGGCAACCACAUGGCCAACAGCGUCUGGGAAAGCCGCACGCUGGGCCGCCACAAGCCCACACCCGACGCCACGCGGGAGGAGCGGGAGUCGUGGAUCCGUGCCAAGUAUGAGCAGCGGGUGUUUGUGGCACCUCUGCCCGCGGCCGUGGAGGGCGCUGAGGGGACCAUGCCUGCCCGGCUUCUCUCCACCGUCGUCCAGAGGGACCUCCCAGGCCUGCUCCUGCUCCUGGCCCACAGUACCAAGGAGGAGAUCAACGCCAGACCACCUGCAGGGGUGCCCCCGCACCCCCGCACUGCCCUGCAUGCCGCCUGCCAGCUUGGCGAUGUGGUCAUGACUCAGCUGUUGGUCUGGUAUGGCAGUGAUGUUAAAGCGAGGGAUUCAUUGGGCCAGACUGCCCUGACCCUGGCCCGCCACUCUGGCAGCCAGGACUGCGUGGACAUUUUGCUGCAACAUGGCUGCCCCAACGACACCCCACCUGCAAUCUCCACCCCUGGUCUCCCCCGCAAGGGCAGCACCACCAGCUUGGGUCGCGCCAACUCCAGGAGAGGGGUGUCUUAAUUUCUCCACCACAGAAUGGAGCUGAAUUGUGCGUCCACACACACAAACAGUGGGUUCAUUCCUGUGCAGCUGAUUUUCAUUUACUGUGUACCAAGAGGUUAACAAUUUUUUUUGUCAUUACAUGACUUUGAAUCAAAAUUGAAUCAAGGACAACCAGAGCCUAAGAAAAGUGCUAUCAAAACAAAAAAAUGAGCAUGUGCUUACAAACUCAAAGGACAC